GUAAAAAAUUCAAGUGGGGGACAGUUUUAUCCGCAUGCAAUGCAGCCCUGCUAAAUAAUUCUAGGGUAAAGUCAUCCUCGCGCCAUACGCGGGAUAACGGUCCCCCUCCCGCGCUCAUCCCCUUCCGCAUCCAGGACGCGGAGAGCGAGUCUGUGAGAGUGAGAGAGAGAGAGGCAUGGAAGCCCUGAAGACGAUCUUGCGGAUAAAGAGAGUACCCAACUCAGUCAGGGAAAGGAUGAAACCGUGGGACGCCGCGGAACUCCGGCGGCGAGAUCAGAAAGUGCGGCUCAAGUGCCGUUCACAGUUGGACGAAGGAGUCGACUGGGAAUUGAUGAAGAAGCACUUGCACACUCCCGAGGCCCGUCAAGCCUAUGAAGAUUUCUGCCGAGAAACUCGCGUUGGAGUGGAAAAUCAAGUCGUUCGGCUCGUCUAUACAAGGUGUCCUGAUCGGUACUUCCAGUACUAUUAUGGAAAGCAUCCGUUGCUUCAGUUCAAGGAGCAGAUGCUCACAAAAGGGAAGAAUAUCCUUGUUAAAAAGGGGAAUCAGAUAUGGGCUUUUGGAUUGGGCGUUGCAUCAAGCUCAGCUGGUUGGGUGUUGGUUGGUAAUGGAAAGGAAAAUGUAAACUGAGCUGGGUGCUUAGCGAACUUCAGUACUCCUGGUUGGACUCAGUUGUUGGGUAAAAACCUCUAGUGUAGUUUGACUUAUUUUUGUGCACAUGCUAUUAUCGAUCUUUUGGACAAAACCUGCACUUGUGCUAAUUUAAGCUGAUCCUUUUGUUUUGUAGCUAACUUAGGGUGGUUGAUAUGGGUUGUAGUUUUGUUAGGAUAGUGUCUUGGUAAAGAUCUUUCGUAAUAUAUGUUUAUAAAUACUUUUGUUCUCCUUGACGGGACCAUUAUUAUGGAUGACAUGUGACUUUUUCCAUUA